AUGUCAGUUUUGUCAAAACUGCAAAUGGUCGACUGAUGUGGUUUUAGUUAAAUAAUUUCAUAAUUUCAUCGCUUUGUAUUUUAGCAUUUAUCAACCACGGAAUUUGGACCAAACUAUUUAUUUACCCACUAAACUAUACCUGAGGUGACCCAGUGUCCGUGAUCUUGAACUCUAAUUGUCAUGGGGUAAUAUUUAUACCUCAUUCAUUAGAGUUAUAAAACUAAUAGCAUUUUUGGGUUAAUACACCGAUAGCUUAAAUACUGUAACAAUGACAACGUCUUCGGAAGACGUUUUGUUGAGCGUAAGCUACGUACGAUAUAAGAAGGGUGAUGGUACCUUGUAUGUGAUGAAUCAGAGGUUGGCAUGGAUGCUGGAAAAUAGAGACACUGUUGCUGUAUCGCACAAAUAUGCUGAUAUAAAAACACAAAAGAUAUCACCAGCUGGUAAGCCUAAAGUGCAACUGCAAGUGGUUCUCCAUGAUGGAACAUGUUCCACAUUCCACUUCGUCAACCCCGCGGGCCCUGAAGCGCAGGCUAAGGACCGGGACCAGGUGAAAGGGUUGCUGGUGAAUCUGUUACCUAAGUUUAAGAGGCAAAUUGAUGGAGAACUAGAGAUGAAAUCCAGGCUCUUGUCUCUUCAUCCAACUCUGAAGCAUUUAUAUGAAGACUUAGUAAUAUCUAAAGUGAUUAAUAGUGAAGAGUAUUGGAACACACCCACUUUGAAACAUUAUACUGAAUCUAAUAAUAUUAAGCAGGAGGCGGGUGUCUCUGGAGCUUUUCUAGCGGACAUCCAGCCCCAAACAGAUGGCUGCAACGGCCUCAAAUAUAAUCUCACACAGGAUAUAAUAGAUGCUAUAUUCAAAACAUACCCUGCCGUCAGAAAGAAACAUAUAGACUAUGUGCCCAAUAAGAUGACUGAAGCGGAAUUCUGGACCAAAUUCUUUCAAUCUCAUUAUUUUCACAGAGACCGCAUAGCGUCAUCUUCCAGCAAAGAUUUAUUUGGAGAAUGUGCAAAACUAGACGACCACGCUAUUGCCUCGGCUAUGAAACACACCACACUGGACCUCACGGUGGACCUGCCUAAAUUCUCGGAGCCUAUUCCUCUCUUACCCACGGAUGACGACGCCCCCCCUGAGAAAGAUAAAGGAGACAGCACAUCCAUACAUAGGAAUAUGAUCAAACGAUUCAACCAACAUUCUAUUAUGGUGCUCAAAGCUAGUCAAAAAACAAAUUCUAGUAGUAGUGAUAGCAAUAGUAAAACUACAAACAAUAACAAUAAAGUGGUAGAAAAUGGGGUUAAAGAAACAAAUGGCACCGCCGAGAAGAGGCCAGCUGAUGAAAAACAUGCUUCAGAGCCCGUUGACAAGAGAAGGAGAAUAUUAGAGAAGAUACAUUAUGAGGAUCUAGAAGAUUCAAAUAGGAAUGAGGAUGCGCAGGAACUGAAAUUAUCCAAGAUUGAAAGGUAUUUAUUAGGACCGUCGUCGCAAGUGAACCAAUCAAGUUCGAGUACGAAUCACCCACCGCCUUUGUCCGCUCUAGCUUCAAUAUGUCAGGCGUGGUCGAGCGGGCAGCAGUGCGCGCGGCCGAUCCGCGUGGGCGCGGCGGGCUGCGUGGCCGCGCUCGGCGAGCUCAGCCCCGGCGGCGCGCUCAUGCGGCAGCACCACGCCGCCGCCAUGGCGCAACUAAUCCCGGCCGACGUGAAAUCGGAGCUGAACCGGAUGUACCUGUCGGCGGGCGAGCUGCUGCGCGAGCUGUGGCGCUGCUUCCCCGCGCCCGCCGCGCCCGCGCAGGAGGCCGACAGCGCGCGCGCAGACAAGUUCUACGAGGCGCUGCUGCGCUUCAGGAACGUCAAGCUGAGGCCGUUCGAGGAGAAAAUGCUUCACGACCUGACACCACUAGCGACAUCUCUUACGAAACACAUCAACCAAAUGAUAGACGUGGCCUGUACGAAGUACGCGCUUUGGCAGCAAAGGCAAGCCAAGCUUCGGUAGUAUUUUACCAGAGGACUUAUUCUUGGUGUCAUCGAGACCUAUAUUCUUUUUGUGUUUAUCCAUCUAAGCUGUCACAUAACUGCCAUAACCAGUAUCUGAUUCUUACACGAGCGUUUCUUUUAUUUUUUGCCAUUUUAUAUAUUGUGACCUUUUUUAAAAAUUAAUAAAAAAACGCUCAUAUAGUGGAAUACGCCAAAAUGUCGACAUAAUUUGCACUGGGGCCUUACCAUGAUGUCCUUAUUUCGAUUCUGUUCAGGAUCUAAACUGAAUUGCCAUGGGACGGAGAUAUGCGACUUAUACAUAUAGUUCCGUCCUUUAGCAAUUCAGUUUAGGUCCUAAAUUAAUUGUAAGGCCCCUGGUACUGGAACUGGGUUAUAUUCGUUUACAACUAGGCGUGUAACUAGGGAAUGCAAUCUCGCACCAAGAUUGGCGAUUCGAGAUCUCGCACGAAAAAUCUGAAUCGAGAUAGGGUGUUUCGAGAUCUCGACCGUCACAUUUUCGAGAUCGAGAUUAAUCUGAAAGAGAGAGAUUUGACAAAGUAAUUAAAAAUAUGUUAUUUUGAGCAAAAAUCUCUAAGAAUUCCGUAUAUACUACUUAUUUAGAGUAUCUACGUCAUGUUUUAUUUUCAAGAUCUUCAAAUUAAUCAACAUUUAAUUAAUAAACUAUUUUUAUUUAAAAAAAUACUAAUAAUAUGUAUGUAGCUCUAAUUUGCAUGUAAUUGUGAAAUGUGGUAUUCAUUAUUUUUAAUUUUACACAAUUGUAUUAAGGAGAGGCAGUAACAUGCUCAGUUGAUAUUUUUGACAAGCACUCGGCAACUUACAAAAAAAAUGUAGGGUAAGCGAGCAAAAAUCAUAAAUAAUUGUGACUACUACGUUAAGUUCGUCCGAUUUUUCCGCACAGAGCGCGUCACAGUGCUUUUAUCGUCAGCUAAAGCCGGCCGCAUACAAUAGCACUGCCUGAACAACAUGAACCUAAGGUAAAAAAUAUUACUCAAAACAAAGUAAUUCACACGGAUCAAUCCCUCAAUCUCGUUCGAGAUCUCGAAAAUAUUAAUCAAGAUCUCGGCCGAGAUUGCUUAAAUCGAGAUUUCCGGUCAACGCUUUAAAUCUCGAAAAUUCGUGCGAGAUCUCGAGAGAUCUUGAAAUUGCGAGUUCGAGAUUGCAUUCCCUACGUGUAACGUAAAAUGAAAAUGUUAGGGCGUCUGUAUUAGGGGGUCAUCCAUUAGUUACGUCACACGUUUAGGGGGGAGGGAGGUCAAGAAAAUGUAACAUAUUGUGACGAGGCGGAGGGGGGGAGUCACAAACUUUAUGACGUCACUUUAACUUCACCUGUAACCGAAAUCUGUUUUGAUUUUUUAAAUUCUCUCGUGUGAGGUAAUUAAUGGAUGACUCCUCAUUUUUAUGGUUUUUCUUGAAUACCUAUUCAUACUUGUAAGUCAUAGGUUUUGGCUAUUAUUUAGUAUACCCGUAGAUCGAUUACGGUGACAACGAGAAUAGGUCUGCAAUGUUUGAAUUAUAAUUAGUGUCAAUAGUAAUUAAAACUGAUCAUUUUGAAUGGAACUUGCCAUACAAUGUAACCCGUUUUCAUUGCUUGACUUGAGGAUUAAUAUCAACUGUAAAUUAUACUCUAGAGGGCUUUGUGGUCCGUACCUUUGUAAAUUAUAUGUUCAGGUUAGGAAGAGAGUAAUUAAUUUGAAUAAUUAUUGGCAUAAAUGAUUUGUGAUACUUCAAAAAAUUAAAUUAAUAUACUUCCUAAUAAAAAAGUGCUAUGUUAACUGACCACCAAAUAAAGUAAAAUACAAUGUUACCUAUAAAAUUACUUUCUUUUACUGGUCAUAUUAAGUGUUCAUUAGUUUCAUUACAAUUACUAAAUUUCCAUUUUAUAAAACAAUAACCAAAAUUGUACAAGUAUCCUAUUUAAAGCAAAUUACUCAUAAUUAAUUAUUAUUGAUAAAUCAAAAAUAGUUUAUGUUCUCCCAAAACAUCAUCUAGUUCCUUUAAAAUAUCAAAUGUUACUUAUAAUAGUACCUAAACUCAGAGUAAGAAUGUGCAGAUGUGCAAAUUGUGGAGAGUUUCCAAACAUUCGAAAAUGUACUCGGAAAUUUAACAGAAAUAUUAUAAGAAAGUACCUUUUUACGUUUCGGAAAGUUUCAAUCCCCAUACAAAAAUGAAUUAUGAAUUAAAAAAUUUCAGAAACUUUCCUAUGUGGAAUAUUUAGCAAUUUCGGUAAGUUUCCAUCGCCACAUCAGUAUCAGAAUGUAAUAAUAGUAAAUUAAAAUUUGGUGUUUGAAUUGAUUAAUUGAUGAUUAAUUUUAGUGCGUCUCUCUCUCUCUCUCAUUAAAGCAAAAUGUGAGACGCAAUACACAUUGGACAAAGAAAUUGGAUAGGUGCAAUACAACCCUAAAAUAGAGUACUUGGGUUGUAGCUAUGUAUUUUGUUGGUCGUUACACUUAUUUGUUGCCAAAAAAAAUCAGUAGUACAUUAGUUAUUUGUACAACAAGAGAUCAGUUUGAUAUUUCUUCGAGUGCUUAUUUUGAGUCCCGUGCAAGCGAAAGAUUCUAUAAUAGAUUCACGAGCGUAGCGAGGGAAUCUAAUUUAGAAUCUUGAGCGUAGUAAGGGAUUCAAAAGCGCACGAGAUGUAAUUAAAUAACUUUGAUCUCGUGUAGUACACAAAAUUUUUCACCCUAAGCAGUGAGAACAUACCUAGAGGGACAGAGAUAAUAGAACCCAAGUAUAUCGAACUUGUAUUAGACCCCGCAUGUUGAAAUGACAUUUGACUAUAAAAGUCACUUGAAUGACAUUUUGUCUCACUCAGUGAGCAAAAUGCGAUUUUGCUCACUCAUACUGUCUCACUAAGUGAGCAAAAUGCGAUUAUGCUCACUGAGUGAGACAAAAUGACUCAGUGAGCAAAAUCGCAUUUUGCUCACUGUUUUUAAGAAGCAAAGUACCCUUGUUCGAGCUGUUGAGGUGAAAAAUCAUUUUUGUAUUUAUCCAUAUAAUGUCACACUGUUGUAGCUAACUAGGUACUACUUCUAGUGCCGUUAAAUUUAUGCAUCAUUUACUUUUAUUAUGAAUUAUGGGAUGAGUGACAAGAAGAUUAAAUACGAUUUGUUCAGGUGCUAUACUUGGAUCUGAACAUUAUGUAGGUUAGUUUGCUUUCUAAUUUUCACAAAUAUAGAAGCAAAACAGCUACAAAUGUUAAAGAAAACUAAUAAUAAAAAAUACAUCAAAAGCAAUAGUUACUGUUAUGUAUAAUAUUUUAAUAACUAUUGUCUUGUAAUUUGAAGGAUGAUGUUAACGAGGGAAGUGUUAUGGUAUCUAUGUCAUUUUG